AUGAAGGAGACGAAGAAGACCUUCGACCAGACCGGGCUGGGCGGCGCGGGUGCUGACCGGUGGCCCCUGCCUCAGAGCAAGGAGACGCUGCUACAGUCCUACAACAAGCGGCUCAAAGACGAUGUCAAGUCCAUCAUGGACAACUUCACCGAGAUCAUCAAGACCGCCAAGGUUGAAGACGAGACGCAGGUGUCCCGGGCCACACAGGGGGAGCAGGACAACUACGAGAUGCACGUGCGGGCCGCCAACAUCGCCAACAUCGUCCGAGCUGGCGAGUCCCUUAUGAAGCUCGUGUCCGACCUCAAGCAGUUCCUAAUCCUCAAUGACUUCCCGUCGGUGAACGAGGGCAUCUGUCAACGCAACCAGCAGCUGCGGGCGCUGCAGGAGGAAUGUGACCGAAAGCUGACC